GUGCACAAAAGGCAGAUCGUCGGUCCGACACACUUCACAAACUGUCCUCCAGCAUCUGCUGCUCGGACUACCUUUUCUGUCAUGGCGUUCUUCAACCUCCUUCUCAGUUUGCUUGUGAAUGCACUUUAUGUGCUUUUCAUUCUUCUUCUAGUCGUGUUUUUGGGUUUCUGCUUGUACAUCAAAUACACUCACAUGAAGUAUGACCACAUUCCCGGACCACCGAGAGACAGUUUCCUCUUAGGACAUUCACCAACAUUUCUAAGAAUAAUGAGAGACGGAGGCGUACUGCAGGACAAACUCUUGGAAUGGGCAGAGAUUUAUGGACCUGUUUUUAGAGUCAAUGUUCUACAUUUCGUUUUGGUGAAUGUGACCUGUCCAGACACCACCAAGGAAAUCCUGAUGUCAUCAAAGCACCCAAAAGAUAAAUUUCUCUACAAGAAGCUCUUUUACUUGUUUGGUCAAAGGUUUUUAGGCAAUGGUCUGGUAACAGCACGAGAUCACGAAAUGUGGUACAAACAGCGCCGGAUCAUGGACCCUGCCUUCAGCAGUUUAUAUCUAAGAGGUCUAAUGGGAACGUUCAAUGAGACAGCAGAAAAACUGAUGGAAAGACUCUCGGAAAUCGCUGAUAAGAACAUGGAAGCAAACAUGCUCCACCUUGUAAACUGUGUUACUCUUGAUGUCAUCAAUAAGGUUGCUUUUGGUGUGGAUUUGGACUUCCUGAACACAAAAUCCCCCUUCCCAAAAGCCAUUGAGACUUGUCUUAAAGGGAUGACGUACUACGUCAGAGACUCUUUCUUCGAAUUCAAACCAAAGAACAGACCCUUUGUCAAGGAAGUGAGGGAAGCCUGCCGCCUGCUGCGUUCAACAGGAGCCAAAUGGGUUAACGAAAGGAAAACUGCAAUGCAAAAUGGUGAAGAAGUCCCAAAGGACAUCCUUACGCAGAUCAUUAAAACAUCUGCUGCAGAAGAGAAAAUGACUGAAGAAGACGAAGAAUUCAUGUUGGACAAUUUUGUGACUUUUUUUAUUGCGGGACAAGAAACAACAGCAAAUCAGCUGGCUUUUUGCAUCAUGGAGCUGGCAAGACAUCCUGAAAUCCUUGAGGAAUUGCGGAAAGAGGUGGAAGAAGUUAUUGGGAUGAAACGGGAAAUAAACUAUGAAGACCUUGGGAAGUUGGUCUACCUCUCACAGGUCCUAAAGGAGACUCUGAGAUUGUACUCGACAGUACCAGGAACUUCCCGCGAGCUUGCAGAAGAAAUCACCAUUGAUGGCUUUCGCAUCCCUGUUGGAACCAACUUAAUGUUCAGCUCCUACGUGUGUGGAAGAAUGGAAAAAUUCUUUAAGGAUCCAUUAAAAUUUGACCCCGACAGAUUCCACCCUGAUGCUCCUAAGCCGUAUUACUGCUACUACCCCUUUGCCCUCGGUCCACGCUCAUGCCUGGGGCAGAACUUUGCUCAGAUGGAGGCUAAAGUGGUGAUGGCCAAGCUGAUCCAGAGGUUCAGCUGGGAGCUGGUCCCGGGACAGAGCUUUGAGGUUCUGGACACUGGCACUCUCAGGCCUAAAUCUGGAGUUGUGUGCUCUGUUAGACACAGGAAGGAUGACAUUUAGGUUAUUCUAACGGUAAAAAGAAGAAAUCAUGGGAACAUGUGAUCAACUUUGUUGGGUUUAGAUUCUAAGUUUAUGUUAUGUUUGGCUUCAGCUGAGAAAAUUACUUUUAAAACCUUAUUCUUCCCUUGAUUUGUGUGCUCUUCAAUGAAUUUAUCCCUUUUCCAAUUUUCUUAAAAUAAAUAUUUAGAUUUGAUUCAGCCAAUAAUGCUAACCUUAUGUAAUUACUUUUAUUGACAAACAAAACCUAUUCAAACAAUACUGCAACACUCGACAUCAGAGUUAUGUCAUUUUAUAAAAAAAUAAUAAAAAGUAAAGAGCCUUUUAAAGCUGA